GACGCCGCUUCCCGCUAGUCUCGCUCGUUCGCUUGCAUGACGUCAACGUUCUCUUUGACCCGUCUCGUCUUAGUUGCUUCUCGAAGGCGUUAGACGCGAAGCUGCGAGGCAACCCCUGCUGCAUCCUCCAGGGUGCCGCUCUCCGUUUCCCCCCCCGUAAUUCUUUUGCCUACAUAUAUAGUUGUCUACCAUGCCUGAGGGAGCCUAUGUGAAUCGCGAGGAGGAAAGGAUGGUGGGGCAGGAGUCAGACGGGCAGGAGGCUCGGCUUCUGGAGCACAUCACCCAAACAGUCCCCGCGAACGACCCGCAAGCAGUGAUUAGCGCCAUCGAUUCCUACGCGUGGUCCAGCCCGGAGUUUUUCAUGAACGUCGGCGACGUGAAAGGUGCAAUUUUAGACGACGCCGUCCGUCGCGCGAAUCCCCUCAGCGCACUCGAGCUCGGCGCGUUCUGCGGGUACUCGGCGGUUCGAAUCGCUUCGCGCUUUUCGAAGCCGGGAGCUCGGUUGGUGUCGGUGGAGCUGAGCGACCUCCGUUCGUCCGUCGUCCGCAGCGUCGUCGCUCACGCAGGCCUCAGCGACAAAGUUACUGUCGUUACAGGCACGCUGCAGACUUCAACAGAUGAAAUUCGGCAAGGUGCGAGCAAGGUUCCAUUCGAUCUAGUCUUCAUCGAUCACGUGAAGCACCUCUACCUGCCAGACCUCUUUUUUCUCAGAGACCAGAAGCUCAUCGGACCAGGAACUAUCAUUGUGGCUGAUAACAUCGUCUAUCCGGGGUCUCCUGAUUAUCUCGAAUUCAUGGAGAAGAGCUCGGAGUUUGUGACUGAAAAGAGGGAGACUAUGCUGGAGUAUUCCACCAAGGUCAAGGAUCUGGUGCUGAUUUCAACAUACUCCCCACAGAGUGUGCAGGCUAGCUAGAAGGAAAGUUACGUUCAGGCAGCAGGGGAUAUUGGGUGGCGAUGGACACCUUUUGGUUCUAGUUUGAAGCACAAAUGCAAAACGAGUUUGGAGGAUGAAGCUUCUUGAGAUUCUGUACUGCUGGAUUCUAGGGCUGCUUGCAUGUGAUUGAGCAAGCACAAGACCAGGGCAAAGUAGGCAUCCAAACGAGACGUCUCUCAUUCAAAACCCUGAACCGCUUGUUCUCCUGCUGAACUCCUCAUGCUCAAGGCACAUUUUUUCUGCAAAUUCCC